CAAUGUUUGAGUGUGAUUUGUCUGCAAUCCUAAAUGUCAUACUUAUAAGAGUAGUAUUUUUGAGCUCAAAUAUAUCGGAAUGGCUGAAAACAGAGAAGAAAUUCUUGCAAAUUUUCAGGGUAUCACAAAUAUAGAAGAUGUUGCAGAAGCAAUAUUUCAUUUAGAAGAAACAAAUUGGGACUUACUUUCAGCGAUCAAUAGAGUAAUGCCUCAAGAUGACAACAAUUCAGCAUCACAGUCCAAUGAUACUCAUGAUGUGGAGAUGAUAGAUGAAGAUAUAUCUGUGAUAACUCUUAAAAAAACACACCCACCUGACCGGGAGGAUAGAAAUCAAGCUUCAACCUCAUCCCCUAAAAAUAAUUCCGUUGACUUAAUAGAGUUACAAGUUCAUUGUAAUAAUAAAAUACAUGAAAUUAAAAUAUCUGGUGCAGCGACUGUCCAUGAUCUCAAGAAGCAAUUAGAGUUAGUUUGCGGUGUACCGGUAUGUAGGCAGCAGAUUUCUGGGCUGGGUGGCUCUCGAGCAACAUCUAUGGCCACACUCUCGAGUUUAGGGCUUGCUCGCAACGGAGUGUUGGGGCUCAAAGCUGCAGAACGACUUAUGGAUGAUGAUGAGGUAGCAGAAAGAUUAACAACGACAUAUGUUCUACGAGUGAAACACGAUCAAAGAGAAUAUACACUUAAAUAUCCUGGUACUAAAACUGUUCAAGAAGUCAAAAACGAUCUCUACUCACUCACAGACAUACCAGUUCGACAUCAGGUCUGGACCGGCUGGCCCACUGUGACAGGAUUAGAUGACACGGUAUUGGCCAUGGUUGGUUUAGAUUUACCUCAACACGAAUUAACCGUCAAACGUGCACCCGGUAAACAAAGAGAAUACAAGAGAAUAGUAGUCGAAAGUUCGGAUAGUGAUAACAGUUCAGUAGAAGAAGUUGAAGAUGUAGACAGUUUUCCCACAGAAGAUGACAUGUUUGUUGAUGUACCAUCAGAAAGAUUACAGCCACUCAUGUCUGAACACGUCGAAGACGAAGCGUUAGGGUGUAUAGAAUUCGCACAGCGCUUCCGUACUCGCUAUGGACCCAAUACGCCAAAUUUCUUCGAAGGGACCUUACAGGAUGCUAUUAAAGAGUCCUGUCUGAAACCUGCUAAAGAGAGAAAGCUACUAGGAGUGUACUUACAUCAUGAACAAUCAGUUCUAUCCAAUGUGUUCUGCGCUCAACUAUUAGGUUGUGAAACUGUGCUACAGACUCUUGCUGCCAACUUUGUUCUCUACGGAUGGGAUCUUACGCAUCCACAUAAUAACAAUAUGCUGCUGACGUCGAUAGCGAGCGCACUGGGCCCCGUGGCCAGCAUGACGAUCCGCAGCAUACCCGUAGAGCGCCUGCCCGCGCUACUCAUCAUCAUGCGCGUGCGCUCCAACACCGAGAUAUACUCGGUCAUCAAUGGUAACGUUGGAGUGUCGGAAUUGGUAGGCAGCCUAGUCGAAGCGUUAGAGAGAUUCGCGUCGCAACGUGAGGAGGAUGCGCGGUUAGAGAGGGAAAGAGAUGCAAGACAACGCGUCAAACGUGAGCAAGACGAAGCAUAUCAGCGCAGUCUUGAAGCCGACAGGGCGAAAGAAGAAGUAAAAAAGCAACAAGAAUUAGAAAGAAAUCAAGAACUGGAGAGAGUAGAAUCAGAAAGACAAAUAGAGGAAGCCAGAAAAGAGGCGCUACGUGCUGGAGCCGAAGCGCGAUUACCCGCAGAGCCAGCCGAAGGCGAUGGUGACGUAGCGCGCGUGCGCGUACGUCUGCCCCCGCCGCACCACGCCUGUCUCGAGCGACGCUUCCACGCAUCCGACACGCUCGCCGCUUUAUUAGACUUCCUCGCAUCGAAAGGUUACCCACAAGAAAACUACAAGGUUAUCGCUAGCUGGCCUAGAAGAGACCUCACAAUGGAAUCUCACAGCAGUACACUGAAGGCGCUCAAGUUAUACCCGCAGGAGACGAUCAUGCUGGAGGAACGGUGAAUAUUACACGACGCAGCUGCCGCGGAACGUACAUGAUACACGAAUAACAAACAGAGAUUUCAAACAGUUUCAACCUACACUCAACUUUGACCAACUUCGUUUAUUAAACGUAUGAUCGGUUAUCUCUCAUUUGAAUGUAUACUCAUACAUUAAUUUAUAAUGUAUUUUUGAAUUUUAACUUCAAUUUUUUUUUCCAUAUUGGAUACACAUAAUGUAGACCGAGAGAUAGUGACAAAAGUGAACAUAAUUCGUUUUUCAACCUGUCGUUCGUUACACGAAGAUCCUCGUAUUUUUUGGUUGUCAAUCAAGAAUAAAUAGUGUUGACCAUAAAAUGCCAUACUCGGAUAAGUAUCCUUAGCAAAUUGUGGGGUGUUACUACUACUGCUACUAGCUACUAUUGUUAUGUAAUUGUUUUGGGAUAUACAUUUAUAUUGGGAUGUACAUUCAUAGACGCAUUCUUUGCCGCAAAGAAACAUUAAUUUAAUAAUUAAAACUGAUUGUGUACAGUAUAGCACAAGAAUUGUGAAAGUUAUAAUAUAGUGACAUUUAAUAUACUUGUCAUAUUUCUGGUGGAGUGAUAUGUUUUACUAAUGUUUUUUUUUUAUAAACGUUAUAGCCUAAUGGCUGAAAAUUGUCACACUUGUGUGUGUAUAGAAAAAAAAAUAGAAAUUAAAAACUACAUGUAUACCUUACAUUGUCAGAUCUAUAUCUAAUAAUAAAGACAAAUGGUAAAUAAAAUUUAAUGGUUGUAAUAAAUCUUGCAUUAUAAUUGCAUUGUGUAUUGCUUUUGUAACAGUAACUUGAAUUCUUAAAAUGUAUUGGGGAUUAUUUUGAACGACUCAUCUGAAAUGAUUUGCGAAAUAAAUAAUAAUAUCAUAUCUUUUAUAAAUAUAAAGUAAUUGGAAUGAUAGGUCAUGUCAAUCCCUCGUCUAGUAUGGAAUAUAUACAAGGAUCUAUAAUAACAAAGCAUUUGAAAUUUGUAUCCACCAAGUCUAAUUAAUCCUCCAGCGAUUACACUUCAAUUACCCACUCUGUAAUCAUUACUUUAAUUAAAUAAACUGAACCCUGAGGGUUCGAUACAUUUGUAAUAAAUUACUAGAAUUUUUCUGUCACUAUCUCCCGGGCUAAUUGUAUUUCAUUAUACAUAUUUUGUAAGCCACAUUUGUAAUUUACAAAAUUUCGGUAAGAAAUACUGCUAACAUAUAUAUUUGUACAAAAUAUGUAAUUAGUACUGCUAGAAAAUUCUAUUAACAUCAAAUUUAUAAAAAAUGGGCGAUGAUAGAAUUUCCUUGUAAAGAAAAUUGUUUUUAAUUAAAAAAAAAUAUUACGCUGAAACUGCCAACUUUGGCACUCGUUACGCUAAACAAGUCUGUCGAAAAUAGUGAUGUUCGUUAACAGUAUUUAGAAAAUAUAAAAAUAAUAGUUCAUAAAAUAUUUGAAUACAUCAACGAUACUCGCAUGUGCGUUUUGGUUGGCGACUGUAGAGGAAAGUAUUGAUAACAAUGUAAUAGGUACUUUUUUUUGGCUUUAUUUAUCUAUGGACUAAUUAUAUUUUGUACAAUAUUUAAAAAAUGCUCUUCCUGAA